ACCAUCAAGCUUAUUGUUGAUGAGGAAGCAAUGGAAGCAAGUGGUUAGGAAUUUCGUGUGCGUGAAAAUGAUUUUUAAACAGAUUCAUAUAAAUUAUAUUAUCUAUUAGACAAAUAAAAAACGCAUUUUGUUGAUAAAUUUCAUUGUUGUUAGUCUAUCAAUAAUUAUAACAUAGAAAUAAAUAAUUUUUUACUGCACAAAUUGCGUUAGUCAUGAAUUACACCAUACAUAUUUUUGGUUUGAUUUUUAUUGUCGGAAUCGUUUUGUCGUCGGCAAUUGCACAAAUAUCUAUUCCACAACCAAAAGUAGACGGCUACCCGGCAUAUGAUAUACAGUCCUCGGCGGGGCUCAAUCCAACGACCAUUUUGGAGACUUCAACACUAUCAGAUGAAAAUGAUGAUCAAGAUUGUAUCUGCACACCUUAUCAUAUGUGCAAAAGCCAUGUACCGGACUACGAAGGCCACGCACUUAUUAAUAUAAGAAUAAACGCAGCUCCGUGUCAAAGUUAUUUGGAUAUUUGUUGCAAUGAUGCAAAAAUUAAUUCAACCGAAAACUCUAGCCCCGAAGAUUCUAGCAAAGAACCUAGUAUUGACCAAAUAGCCAUUACUAACAACCCGUCUGACGGCCAAACAGAUGAUUCCACUAAGAUUCCAGUUGGUGGCCAAAAAGAAGAAUUUACUAAAGAACCAUUUGUUGACCAAAAAGGAGAUUUUUCUACAGAACCAAAUGUUAGCAAUAGUGAAGAUAAUACCAAGAAUCCAUCUGACGGCCAAACAGAUAAUUCUACUAAAGAACCAUCCGUUGAUCAAAAAGGAGAUUUUACUAAAGAACCAAAUGUUAACCAUAAUGAAGAAAACAUUACAAAUAAAUCUGACAGCCAAAUCGAUAAUUCUACUAAGAAUCCAUCUGACGGCCUAACAGAUAUUUCUAAUAAUAAUCCAUCUGAUGGCCAAACAGAUAAUUCUACUAAAGAACCAUACGUUAAACAAAAAGGAGAUUUUACUAAAGAGCCAAAUGUUAGCCAUAUUGAAGAUAACAAUAAAAUUCCAUCUGAAGGCCAAAUAGAUGAUUCUACUAAAAAUCCAUCUGAUGGGCCAAAAGAAGGAUAUACUAAAGAACCAUGCAUUUGCCCGACCGAUGAUUCUACUAAGAAGCCGUUUGACAAUCAAUCUGAGCUUACUAAAGAUCCAUCGACAGAUCAUUCAAACAUAGUGACAGACAAAUACAUUACUCCUGAAAAUAGUAUAAUUACGACAGAACCCGACCAAAUCUCUAAUGAACCAACACCAAUGAACCAACAUCAAUGUGGUACUUGGAAUAAAAAUGGAAUUGGUUUCAGAAUUGGAGAUGCAAUUGAUAAUGAAUCAGAGUUUGGUGAAUUUCCAUCAAUGGUGGCAAUAUUUAAAGAAGAACUAUCGAAAGACGGCGAAAAAAAACUUGUGUUGCAUUGCGGGGGUUCGAUAAUCGAGAAAGACGUCAUUUUAACAGCCUCUCAUUGUGUGAUAAAGGAAGAUAUCUCGACUUUGGUCGUUCGUGCAGGUGAAUGGGACUUAAAAACAGAAAAAGAAAUAUUUCCACAUCAAGAUCGUAGAGUAUCCAAAAUUGUUACUCAUCCUGAUUAUAGCGCAAAUGGAAUUUAUAAUGAUGUGGCCUUAAUUUUCACCGAUAGCUCAUUUUCUUUUCAAGAAAACAUCCAACCUAUAUGCUUACCUUCGACACAAGAUAUUUUUAUUGAUGAUAAGUGUUAUUCAAGUGGUUGGGGUAAAACUGUUUCUUACAAUAACUAUACUAUUGUUAAGAAAACAGAAUCGGGAAAAACUAGAGAAACAGGUCAAUACGAAGUCAGUAUAUUAAAAAAGGUUGAUCUUCCGAUUGUUCCUCGGAAUAAAUGUAUGGACGCUCUCAGGGCCACUAGACUUGGUCCAAAAUUCGUAUUGCACGAUAGUUUCAUAUGUGCCGGCGGCGUCGAAGGGAAAGACACGUGUAAAGGUGAUGGUGGCAGUCCAUUAAUGUGCCCUUACAAAGAUUAUCCAGAUCGUUUAGCUCAAGUUGGUAUCGUGGCUUGGGGUAUCAGUUGCGGUUUGGCAGAUAUACCAGCGGCUUAUGUUAACGUCGCCGGUUUCGUCUACUGGAUUAAAAAUGAAAUAGAAAAAGGACGUUGAACAUUUCUGUUUACGGAUAGUGUGUAUACAUUUUAAUAAACGUACCUACAUACAUACUCAUAUGUUCCAAUGGGACAUCUAUGGGUAUAUUAAUUUAUUUUAUAUCAAGUCUAUAUUUUAAACGAUUUUUUACAUUAAAAACUGCUAUUUUAAUUAUCCCUCACAGUUUUGAUAAGUUCAAAUUAUAGAAACCAUAAUUACCGGUGUAACAAUAAUAGUUAUCACUAUACUAAUUACUGCUUUUAAUGUCAUAUGUAAUAACAUGGUCAGUA